AACUGCAGACUUCCUGAACAUUGGCUCUUCUGCUCAACAUCAACACGAACCCCAAACAGAGAACAAACUUGCUCAUACUUUCCUACAAAGGUUGUUGAUGCUGGACUACAGAGCCAGGUACAUUCCUGUAAGAGAUGAGAAUAGUGAGAUGCAUGACACAAAUGACAACAGAAAUGAUAAUGCAGAAACAGAAGAAAGUGCCUUUGAUGCCCUUUUCAACAAGACCACAGUCUCUGGUGAUAUAAAGAGGAACACGCAUGUUCACCCAAUGGACGUCCAGAUGGCAGUGUUUCACUGUUCAGACAGUUUCCUUCGGCAGUUCAUGGUCACAAAGCUGUCCUUGUGUCAGUAUGCCUUGCCUUUGCUUGUGCCAAACCCCUUCACCGAAGAGAUUGAAUGCCCUUUGUGGACAUUUCGACAAAUCAGAAAAACCUGGAAGUCCACUAAUGACUCUAAUAUGCUCACCAGCCAAAGUAUGCCUAUUUACAAGGCAGAAACACCAAUGGUGUCAUUCUUUAGGCUUGGUUCUGUGUCCUCAUCAAAAUCCCAGCUGAUGAGCAACUUGAUCAACCAACGUCACAGCACAUUCUUCCACAGACACUGUCCAGGAAGCAAUAAAACCUGCCUCCUAAUGGAUGGGGUGGUAGAGAUUGCAUGGUAUUGUCCUGCUGGGAAGCCCAAUGAUAUUUUCACUGACUGUGUUGCAUUCUGUAAUCUCCAUGGUGACGCAAUUGCGAAAGAAAUUCAGCGUGACAAACUGAUUGAAAAAGCCUCAGUCAAUGUUAUCCUUUUACCAAGUCUUGGAAAAGGCGACAAAAGUAUGGCAAUCGUGCAGGAGCUGUUCAAGUCUUCUAAACCUCUGAUAUGUCUGCUCACUGAAGAGGAUUCUGUUGCAACUGAAAUUAAAAAGGGAAAGUACAAAAUGGGUUUGAGAGACAGAAAUCAGUCAGAUGUGUCUGAGGAACUAAAAAGGAUCAUUAGAAAUAAUUUGUCAAGACCAUGUUGCUCCUUCAAACUUGAGGACAUGGCAGAGUACUCAGGGUUUAGGGUAGAUGAGGAUGAUGAAGAUUGCCAAGUAGGGAAGACUAAUGCUCUGCAGAUAACGGAUCUGCUUAAGGAAAUGGAACUGUCCAAGAUCAAAGAAAAAUUUCUUCCAUGUCAAGGAAGGCUGUGGCAUGAUUGGUGUCAAAGAAAUAAAGACCUUUAUCGUCUCCAAGGGAAUCUAGAGAUGGAAAGAAGUAAAAUACAACAUGAAAUGAUGCAAAUUCGACACCAUCAACAUAAAGUUGCCUUUACUGAACUCAUGCAGAUGUUUAUCACAAGUCUACGAUCUCUGGGAGAAAAAGAAAAAUCAUAUUUCCUCAAGUGGGUAGGGAUACUACUGGAUGACCUGUCCUCGGAUGAGCUCUCAGACCUUCAUCACAAAUAUGAUGAAAAGUGGUCCGAGGUCCUGGCUUUGAAAAAGAAGCAUGAUAAAUCAGAGCAACUGAAAAUGAGACGAAUGGAGCUGGAAAAAAUAUCAGGAAAGCUACAAGCAGCAACCUUCGGAUUUGAACACAUCCUAAGGGAAAUGGGACAGAUCUAUGAAGCCCAUGCAUCUGUGGCCAGGCAAAGCAAAAGAGAAAGUGAGGUGACCGUGUCUUACCUUCCAGAGCUUGCGGCAGAACUUAUGAUAUCGGGACACCCAGUGGAACUAAUGGAUGGUGACGCAGCUCAUGUGCCACUGAUGUGGAUUAAUGGGGUUUUAGAUGAAGUUAUCAAGAAACUAGGACAUCAGAAAGUCUUUGUUUUGUCCAUUUUGGGAAUCCAGAGCACUGGGAAAUCUACAAUGCUGAAUGCAAUGUUUGGACUGCAAUUCGCAGUAAGUGCUGGAAGGUGUACCAGAGGUGCUUUCAUGCAGCUGGUGAAAGUGACCGAGGAGAUGAAAGAUGACUUUAGGUUUGAUUAUGUUCUUGUUGUUGACACUGAGGGACUUCGAGCUUUAGAGUUGGCAGGAAAGGAAACAGUGCACCAUGACAAUGAACUUGCAACAUUUGUCAUUGGCCUUGGAAACAUGACCAUGAUCAACAUAUUUGGAGAGAAUCCUGCUGAGAUGCAAGACAUCAUUCAGAUAGCUGUUCAGGCCUUCAUGAGGAUGAAGAAAGUUAAUUUGUCUCCAAGUUGUGUGUUUGUGCACCAGAAUGUUGGAGACAUCAUGGCUGGAGAGAAAAACAUGGAGGGAAAGAGGCGCUUACAGGACAAACUAGACGAGAUGACCCAGUUAGCUGCCAAAGAAGAGGACAGUAAUGCAGAGUGUUUCAGCGAUGUCAUUGCAUUUGACAUACAAAGAGAUGUGAAAUACUUUUCCCAGCUGUGGGAGGGCAGCCCACCCAUGGCCCCACCAAACCCAUGCUACAGUGAGAAUGUCCAGGAGCUAAGGAAAACAAUCCUCUCUAAAACAUCAAAGUCUUUUGGCAUGACAUUAUCACAGUUCAAAAGCAGUAUCCAAGACCUUUGGAAUGCACUGCUGAAUGAAAACUUUGUGUUCAGCUUCAAAAACACACUAGAAAUUGCAGUUUACAGAAAACUUGAGAUUCAGUAUGGAAAAUGGAUCUGGGCUCUCAGGAGUGCCAUGCUAAGCAUUGAAAAUCAACUGCACAAUCGAAUCGAAAAUGGAAAACUUCACAGGGUUGAGAGACAUUACCUUGUUGAAGAAAUGAGAAAGACUCGUGAAGAAGUGGACAAAUCAAUGGAAAAGUACUUUGAUGAACACAGAGAUAAAGAAAUGCUGAUUCAGUGGCGAGGGAGAUUUCAAACGAAAAUGUGUGAGCUUCAUGAUGAACUUGUGAAGGGAGCAAAAAGAAAGUUAGAGGAGGUUAUUCAUCAAAGGGAUGCGCGCAUAAAGCUGGAUGACAAGAAGACACAGUAUGAAAACAAGCUCUUCCAAAAGAGCAAAGAACUUGCCUCAAAACUGAAGGACAAGGCAAAGGAUGAAAAACAACUUGAGAAUGAAUUCAAUACUCUUUGGGGAGUGUGGGUUGCUGAGUUGACCAAUGAUACACCUUCCAUUAUGGACAUAAACAUAUUGGAUGAUGUGACUUGUAUCCUUGGAGAGAUCGGUAAUGAAUCGUCUCUUGUUCAUGAUCGGAAAAGUUGCGGAAUGUACCAUAAGAUUUGUACCUUGGGGAGUUAUUCGAACUAUGCAAUUGUAUCCAAGCACCAAGAUCUUUUUAACGACGAUCAGCACUCAAAAAAUGCUCAAAGGAAGCCAAACAAUGACCAAUUGCAGAAAAAUAAUGUGUGGGGUGCUUUUAAGAGUUUUUGGGGGUUUAAGUCUCCAGAGAACAAGACAAUUGACCACAUUGGUCCAAGCAACAUUCUAACAUACACAGAUCAGGAAUUGAUAAGAGCAUUCACCAAUGAUGUUGUCAAACAAAGCCAGAAGAUAAUUGAGACAGAGCCCAUAGAAAAGAUGGGAUACAAUGACAGUUACAUGCAAGAAAUAGCAACUCAUGUCAAAGAAAGCGUGAAGGAAUUUGAAUCGAAGACAAGAAAAUAUGCAUUCAAAAAGGAGUUUACGAUUGAUCUUUCACUUCAUGUGUGUGAGCUUGCAGGAAGUAAGUUAGCAGAUUCCCAUAGCAAAUUCAGAAGCAACAAUGAUGCCCUUACUUACCUGGAGCAGAAGAGGCCACAGUACGACAAGAUUUUCAAGAGAUACUGCAAAGGUUCCUCAUCUGCAGCUGUGCUUGGUGAGUUAAUUUGCAACACACUGAAAGAAUCGAUUGUACAGGCGGUCUAUGACCAGACGGCCAUUGACUUGGCUGGAGAAAUGCAAUUAAGUCACCCACCAUUCAGUGGAAACAGGUCUAACAUGGAGAAACACAUCCUGAUAUCACUGGCGGAGAAGGAGAACUUUGACAAGUUCAUGACCUACAUUCACAACCCAAGGGAACACUUUGAGAAAUGUAUUAGAGAGGAUGUAGAGAAAUAUAUGCUCACAGAAAGGUCCAAAGUCCUUGCCUUGAUUGAAGGGAACAUAACAGUUAAAGAGCAGCGUGUGAGCCAUGCAGUGCAUACAGCAACAAAUACAGUCAAAAACAAGAAUGGAGACACCAACAUGUGGCUUAGAGAGCUUUCCAGUGCUCUAAAAGAUGAGCUGAAAUUUGCUGAAAAGCAUUUCAGUGAUUUCUGUGACAUAACCGACUUUGACUUCCUCGAAGAAGAGGUAAGGGAAGGUCUUGCCAACAGAAUCAUGGAGAUCAACAGAAGCCUCAGCAACGUGUCACUCCUGGACAUGAAGCAGUUCAGGGAGAGGCCAGAUGAGAUUCUGAUCAAACAUUUUUGUGAUUGCUGCUGGGUACAGUGUCCCUUCUGUAAAGCCAUCUGUACAAACACCAUGGAGGGGCACAAACCAAAUGAUCACUAUGUCCCUUUUCAUCGCCCUAAAGGAAUCAAUGGAUACCACUUCAGAAACACAGUAGAAUUUUGUAUAGAUUUUUGUACAACUUCAGUAACAAGUAAUGGCCGGUUUUACCCCUCCCAUGAAUCAGAGGAUAUAUAUCUUUUCAAAGAAUACAGAAAAGCUGGCCCAAGAUUUGCUGUUUGGAGCAUCACACCAGACCUCUCUGAACUUCCGUACUGGAAGUGGUUUGUUUGUCGAUUUCAAGAAGAUCUGGAAAGGUAUUAUGACAAAAAUUCCAGGGCAGAGGUGAAAUUCCAGAUGACUGGAGGAAGUUCACAAAACAGCAAGCUAUUGAAAGCUUAAAGAAAAUCUAAGGGGAGCUCAAAUAGUAAAAACAUACAGACAUGAUGGCACAAGCAUGAUAUUGUAAACAUGUUGACAUUGUAAACAUGAACAUAGUCAGAAACUGAAAAACCUCUUGGCAAUGUGCCCUUGAGCAAUGUACAAUAAAUCACCGCUUUUAUUAUUCUAAUCAGCUAGGCCUAUUACACGUCUUAUUUUGAUUCAAUCAUUUAACUCAAUCUGAUAGACUAACAGGAAAAAGCCUAGUUUUUGGCCUCAUUUUGGGAUCAAAAAUGUAUAUGCAGAUGUUUUGAGUGUGAACAAUUUAUCACAUUUCCUGUCAAGUGAUAAAUCCUUGUACUAUUGUAUUGUAUUACCGUAAGCAAAUACUCAAUAAACGCUCCGAAAUUAUGA